AUGWUACACGCCGGCGUGAAGCGGACCUUCCAGGACAUGCGUGGGGUCGAUAUUAUGCCUCCGCGACACGAUCCAAAGCAAACACCGCAACAAUCACCGUCACAGUCCCGUCAAAGCAGUAUCACACCAUCGCCUCCCAACGGCGUCAACGCCGCGAUCAAUGGCUUGGAAUCGUUGCCUCGGAGGAUCUCAUUCCCCACGGAUGCUUCGGUGGUGCUGAUUGGAGUUCGAGGAGUUGGCAAAAGCUCCCUGGGAUUUCUCGCUGCAUCUGCCUACACCCGCCGUCUGUUGGAAUCUGACAGAGCCUUCUCAGACGCCACGGGAUCUUCGCGAACAGCUUUCCGAAAGCUUCAGGGAACAGCCGAAUAUCACAAAAAGCACUGCGAAAUCCUGAGGCGAUUGCUCGAAGCAAACAGUACGAAUUGUGUCAUCGUGUGCAGCUUCGCAGACCUGGAGAGCGAUGGUGCUCAGCUCAUCCAAGCCUACUCUCAAACCCAUCCCGUGAUAUAUGUCACCAGAGACAUUCCAGGAAUCCAAGCGUAUAUCCGUGUCUGGACCGAAGAGAGGAUUGAAGACUUGACUCGCGCCAGUGAGGCUCUCCUCCGAGAAUGCUCAAAUUAUGAGUUCUUCAAUGUGACCGAGACGGUGGAUGGGAGCUCCAGGCCAGGCGACGUUUCCAGAUCGCAGAUCAGCAGGUGCACCAAUGGGCCUUUUCUGACUCUCAAACGUGCCGAACACGACUUCUUAAAGCUGCUACGCAACAUUGUGGGAGAUCACGAUCGUGGCCGGUCUCAUCAGUCCGCCUAUCCGCUCUCUCAGAUUAGCGUCGACAAGUUGGAGUUCACCACUGCCGUCACCUUCACAGCGGACGAUGUUGUCACUCAUCGUUUCAAUCUGGACGAUGCCCAGAUCGGCGUGGAUGCAAUCCAACUGCACAUCAGCGCCAACCCUCGCAAUGGAACAAAUUGGAAAUUGGGCAAGCAUAGCUGCUUCAAUCUCGUCAACGAAGCGUUUGCGCUGUUGAGACGAUCGACCAUCCUCCCUAUAGUGAUUGUUGCCGCAAGCAAUGAAAAGCCUUCGAAACAGGUCUCUCGGCUUGAGCUGCUCGAGUACUGUCUUCGACUUGGACCGGAUUAUUGUGCCUUGGACUUGACAUUGGACGAUGAACAUCUCAAGCAGCUUCUCUCCGGCCGGGGUGGUACGAAAACGAUUGGCGAAUUCGUCUUCCCCGACCGCAUUGCGCAGGGCUGGCAAAGCCAACAAUGUCUUGAGAUAUACCAAAAAGGCUACAUCUUAGGCUGUGACCUGGUCAAAAUCACGAUGCCUCGUGGCACUCUGUCCGAUAGUUUCGCAAUCCAGGCGUUCCAACAGCAGAUUCGAGAGCUGCACGGUGGUAGCGGUCCGCGGUUGAUCGCAUACUGUACCGGCAUGCAAGGCCGUACAUCCAUGUGCUUCAACAACAUCCUAACACCGGUCGCGCCGAUGAAUGGAUCAUCCGAAUCCGCCAUCUUACAGCUUCCGCCUGGCUUGGAAGGGGACGCUCCCUUGGUGACAUCAAAGGAGCGCAAUGCAGCACUAUUCGCAAGUUUCGUGCACGAGCCGAUGCGCUUCCUCAUCUACGGAGCGAAUGUCAGUUUCUCCCUCUCCCCUGCCAUGCACAAUGCGGCGUACGAAGCUUGUGGAAUGCCGCACACCUACCGAACGCAUUCCGCUUCAUCUCUAGAAGACUUGAUUGCACUGGUCAGGGAGCCUGACUUUGGAGGUGCCGCUAUUGUGCAGCCCUUCAAGACAAAGACGUUACCCAUGAUGGACGUCUUGAGUCCCCAGGCCAAGGCCAUUGGAGCUUUGAACACCGUCAUUCCCCUGAGAGACGAAGCUGUCAUCAAGUCGGUCACGAGCGAGGUUGGCAUCUUUCGCGAGAGGAACCGCACUGGCGAAGUCAAGGCGCUGUAUGGCGACAAUACUGACUGGAUAGGAAUCCGCGCAUGUAUUCGUAGAGGCCUCUCACCUGCUAACACGGUGCGUCCUCAUAGUACGGGCCUCGUGUGCGGAGCCGGGGGUAUGGCGAGAGCGGCGAUUUACGCCAUGAUUUCCCUCGGAGUGCAGAACAUCUUUGUCUGCAACCGCACAAAGGGCAACGCGGAGGAGCUGGCGGAUCACUACAAUCGUCUGAUCCGAGCGAAUGCCAUUGUCGAUCUUAGCCCCGCCGACGCGAGCAGCACUUCCGUCGUUGCUCUCGAAUCUUUCAAGACUCCGUGGCCAGCGCACAUGCGCCACCCAGCCAUGAUUGUGAGCUGUAUCCCCACGCAGACAACGGACGGGGUGCCGACGAAUUUUGUGCUUCCCAAGGAUUGGCUGGGUAGUCGGACCGGCGGAGUCGUUGUAGAGCUGGCGUACAUGCCCAUUGUGACGCCGCUCGUUCGGCAGAUCCAGAAUGAAGGUCGCAAAGGAUGGAUUUUGAUGGAUGGUCUUGAUAUGUUGCCGGAGCAGGCUUUCGCUCAGUUCGAGCUCUUCACUGGCCGCAGGAGUCCAAGGAAACUCAUGCGGGAGAAGAUCUGGGAGUCGUAUAAUGAGGAUGAGUUUCCGAUGCAUGGCGCUUUAAAUACAGAUUCGCCGACACACUCGUAG